UGCGCAUAAUGAAUGCGCAUAUGAAUGAAAACAUUUGACGUAAUAAUGAAGCCGGCUAUUGAAUUCGUAUAUUAUUUUAUCAAAAUUAAUUAGUUAUAAACUAUUAAUAGUAAUACAUUUUACAAGUAAUUAAUGUGCUUCAAUAACGUAAAAUUUCUAUAAAUAAAAUGGGGAAAAGAAAAGCACCUGAUAAUGCAGGAAACCCUAACCAAGAUUUAUGUGAUUUUCUAAUGGAACUGGCAAAUUAUGAAAAAAAUGUUAGUAAGAAUAUUUACAAAUACAAUGCUUAUCGUAAAGCAGUCGGUAGUUUAAGUACUUUAACCGACAGAGUCAAGAGCGGGGAAGAAGCUAGAAAAUUGCCAGGAAUUGGAGAAAAAAUUGCUAAAAAAAUAGAUGAAUUUCUUAAAACUGGAAAACUACGCAAAUUGGAAGAAAUUAAUAAGAAUGAUAAUAACGUUGCAAUCAAUCUCUUAACUCGUGUUUCUGGUAUUGGACCUGCAAAAGCAAAAGAAUUAGUGGAUGAUGGUAUUAAAAGUUUAAACGAUUUAAGAAAACAUCAAGACAAAUUAAAUCACCACCAAAGACUUGGUUUAAAGUAUUUUGAUGAUUUUGAGAAAAAAAUACCAAGAACAGAAAUAACUGAAAUCGAACAAAUAUUAAAGAAAUAUAUUUAUGAAUUGAAUAAAGAAUAUAUUAUUACUAUAUGUGGAAGUUAUAGACGUGGUAAAGAAGCAAGUGGAGAUAUUGAUGUAUUAAUAACUCAUCCAAAUUAUAUUUCUGAGGAAAAAGAAUUGAAAAAGAAGAAUGAUAUACUUAAAAAUAUCGUUGAAUAUCUUGAAAAAAAACAGUUAAUUACAGAUACAAUUUCUCUUGGGCCAACAAAAUUUAUGGGCGUGUGUCGUAUACCAAAUGAUAAAAGUAAGUUAUUCAGACGACUGGAUAUAAGAUUGGUACUAUAUGAUCAAUAUUAUUGCGCUAUACUUCAUUAUACGGGCAGCGAUCUUUUUAAUAAAAAUAUUAGGGCUCAUGCGUUAGAGAAGAAAUACACAUUAAAUGAAUAUACAUUAAAACGACUUACAACAGAAGGUGUUCCAGGAGAAGCUGAAAAAAUCACAUGUGAAGAAGAUAUUUUUAAAAUAUUGGGACUUCCUUAUAAAGAACCAAAGAAUCGAAAUCUUUAAACUCUUUUAUUCUAUAUAUAUGCCAAAAUUUAUUUUGAACAAUGCAUUAAUAUUUUAAUAUUUAUAGUAAGAAGUUCGAAUAUGUACAUAAGUCUUAAAUUUUGAAUCUAAAGGGAAAUACUUUUUGAAUCAAUA